AAAUUAAACUAAAAUAAAAUUUAAAAUUAUUUAUUAAAUCGCUAGUUGCUAUUAAUCAGGAGAGCUGAGCUACUUCUAAAUGCUUUUUACAGAGAUGCUUUCUUCUUCUUCUUUCUCUCUCUAAAAACUUUGUUUCAUUCUCUCUCUCUCUAAUUUUCUUUUUGGUUUUUGGUUUGGCUUAUUUGAAGUGUUUAAUCUUAUUCAGUUUCUGAGAAAAUUAGGUGGGGAGGUGAAAAAGGGGAAAAAUCAUUGAAUUUGGUUUCUCUCUGCUGUGCAAUAAUUUUCGGAGAGGAUUGUGAAGAAGCUCUUAUGUAAGAAGAUAUCAUUAUAUAGUUAUUACAUGGGAAUCUGACAUUCUAAACAACUGUCUGUGGGGUUAAUUUUGUCCAAGAACAACAGAGAUGUCUCAGACCAACUGGGAAGCUGAUAAAAUGUUGGAUGUCUAUAUCCAUGAUUAUCUGGUUAAAAGAGACUUGAAAGCUACAGCACAGGCUUUCCAAGCUGAAGGAAAAGUGUCACCGGAUCCAGUCGCUAUUGACGCACCUGGUGGAUUUCUGUUUGAGUGGUGGUCUGUCUUCUGGGAUAUAUUUAUUGCUAGGACCAAUGAGAAGCAUUCCGAGGUUGCUGCAUCUUACAUCGAGACACAGAUGAUCAAAGCACGAGAACAGCAAUUGCAGCAAUCUCAGCACCCACAAGUUUCACAGCAGCAGCAGCAACAACAACAGCAGCAAAUACAAAUGCAACAACUCUUGUUGCAACGUGCACAGCAACAGCAGCAGCAACAACAACAACAUCAUCACCAUCAGCAACAACAGCAGCAGCAACAGCAACAACAUCAAAAUCAACCACCUUCUCAACAGCAGCAGCAGCAACCAACGCCUCAACACCAACAGCAGCCAACACCACAGCAGCAGCCACAGAGAAGAGACGGGUCCCACCUUGCAAAUGGAUCAGCAAAUGGACUCGUUGGUAAUAACAGUGAACCAGUUAUGAGGCAAAAUCCUGGGUCUGGGAGCUCCUUAGCUAGUAAAGCAUAUGAGGAGCGGGUCAAAAUGCCUACUCAGAGGGAGUCCUUAGAUGAGGCUGCUAUGAAGCGAUUUGGGGACAAUGUUGGGCAACUGUUGGAUCCAAGUCAUGCAUCAAUGUUGAAAUCUGCUGCAGCCUCCGGACAGCCUGCAGGGCAAGUGUUACACAGUACAAGUGGUGGUAUGUCUCCACAGGUUCAAGCUCGAAAUCAGCAACUUCCUGGGUCUGCAGUGGAUAUUAAAAGUGAGAUCAAUCCCGUGCUCACUCCCAGAACUGCUGUUCCAGAAGGAUCGUUGAUUGGAAUUCCUGGUUCAAAUCAAGGCAGCAACAACCUUACACUUAAAGGGUGGCCACUCACUGGAUUUGAUCAGCUUCGUUCUGGUCUUCUUCAGCAGCAAAAACCAUUUAUGCAGUCUCAGUCUUUUCACCAACUCAACAUGUUGACUCCGCAGCAUCAGCAACAGCUCAUGCUGGCUCAACAGAAUCUAAAUUCACAGUCCGUCAGUGAAGAGAACAGAAGACUUAAAAUGCUAUUGAACAACCGGAGCAUGAGUCUAGGAAAGGAUGGCCUUGGGAGUUCUGUUGGGGAUGUGCUACCAAAUGUCGGAUCGUCUUUACAACCUGGUGGCUCUCUUUUGCCUCGUGGAGACACCGAUAUGCUACUAAAGUUAAAGAUGGCUCUGUUACAGCAGCAGCAGCAACAUCAACAGCAGGGUGGUGGUAAUCCACCACAGCCACAGCCGCAGCCACAAGCACUUAAUCAGCUUGCCCUUUCAAAUCCGCAACCACAGAGUUCAAAUCACAGUAUUCAUCAACAAGAUAAAUUGGCAGGUGGUGGUAGUAUUACGAUGGAUGGUAGCAUGUCAAAUUCUUUUCGAGGAAACGAACAGGUAUUGAAGAAUCAGGGUGGGAGGAAAAGAAAGCAACCGCUUUCGUCUUCUGGGCCAGCUAAUAGUUCAGGAACAGCUAACACUGCGGGACCAUCACCAAGCUCAGCACCUUCUACACCUUCAACUCAUACUCCUGGAGAUGUGAUUUCUAUGCCUAAUCUGCCGCACAGCGGUGGUUCCUCCAAAUCAAUGAUGAUGUUUGGCACUGAAGGAACUGGGACUCUUACAUCUCCAUCAAAUCAGUUGGCUGAUAUGGAUCGAUUUGUGGAAGAUGGGUCACUUGACGACAAUGUUGAGUCUUUUUUAUCCCAGGAGGAUGGUGAUCAACGGGACGCUGUUACACGGUGUAUGGAUGUUAGUAAAGGUUUCACGUUUAAUGAAGUGAAUUCAGUACGUGCGAGCACAACCAAAGUUACCUGUUGCCAUUUCUCAUCGGAUGGAAAAAUGCUUGCUAGUGCCGGACAUGACAAAAAGGCUGUACUAUGGUACACAGACACUAUGAAGCCAAAGACGACCCUAGAGGAGCACACAGCUAUGAUAACAGAUAUACGUUUUAGUCCAAGCCAACUUCGCCUUGCAACUUCUUCGUUUGACAAAACUGUCAGGGUUUGGGAUGCUGAUAAUAAAGGUUAUUCCCUUCGUACUUUCAUGGGACAUUCUUCUAUGGUUACAUCACUUGACUUCCAUCCCGUAAAGGAUGACCUCAUAUGUUCCUGUGACAAUGAUAACGAAAUAAGGUACUGGAGCAUCAACAAUGGAAGUUGCACAAGAGUGUACAAGGGUGGCUCCACCCAGAUGAGGUUCCAACCACGUGUUGGAAAGUAUCUUGCGGCUUCAUCAGCAAAUCUUGUCAAUGUACUAGAUGUUGAAACACAAGCUAUUCGACACUCUUUACAGGGGCAUGCUAAUCCGAUAAACUCGGUGUGCUGGGAUCCUUCUGGUGACUUUUUGGCAUCGGUUAGUGAAGAUAUGGUAAAAGUAUGGACACUGGGGACUGGUAGUGAAGGGGAAUGUGUUCAUGAGCUAAGCUGCAAUGGCAACAAAUUCCAGUCAUGUGUUUUCCAUCCCGCUUACCCCUCGCUGCUCGUAAUUGGUUGCUACCAGUCUUUAGAACUAUGGAACAUGUCAGAGAACAAGACGAUGACAUUACCAGCUCACGAAGGGCUAAUUACGUCGUUGGCUGUAUCAACUGCAACUGGAUUGGUUGCAUCAGCUAGUCAUGAUAAACUAGUGAAGCUGUGGAAGUGAAAACUAUGAGAGGAAAAGACAUGUUUGUUCUUUAGGUAUUAUUAUUAGUAAUCAUGGUUUUUUUUAACUUGUAGUGUUCUCUCUCGGCCAUUAUCUCGAUCUCAAGAUAGUUUUUCAGAUAUUGAACAAAUGUUGUUGUAUGAUCUGACGAAAUUGGGAUCUUGAGAAAUUGUGAAAAACUCUUGUUGUAAUCUUCUUAGUCCUUCUGGCUCAGCUUUAAUUUACUGACACUCUUCACUUUC